UCUCUCCUGCCCGUGUCCCGCUAGCUGUCCCCACCAUGCUGUCUCUAGACUUUUUCGACGAUGUGCGGAGAAUGAACAAGAGGCAGCUCUAUUACCAAGUCCUAAAUUUGGGGAUGAUUGUCUCCUCGGCACUAAUGAUCUGGAAGGGGUUGAUGGUAAUAACUGGAAGUGAAAGUCCGAUUGUAGUGGUGCUCAGUGGCAGCAUGGAGCCUGCAUUUCACAGAGGAGAUCUUCUCUUCCUAACAAAUCGGGUUGAAGAUCCCAUACAAGUGGGAGAAAUUGUUGUUUUUAGGAUAGAAGGAAGAGAGAUUCCUAUAGUUCAUCGAGUCUUAAAGAUUCAUGAAAAGCAAAAUGGACAUAUUAAGUUUCUGACCAAAGGAGAUAAUAAUGCAGUUGAUGACCGAGGCCUCUACAAACAAGGACAACACUGGCUAGAGAAAAAGGACGUGGUGGGCAGAGCCCAGGGGUUUGUCCCUUAUAUUGGAAUUGUGACAAUUCUCAUAAAUGACUAUCCCUAA